AGAAAGUGAACACCUCAUCCCCCAAAUGUCGCCAACCUCCAUAACCAUAAGCCACUAAAAAGUAAAAAAUUGGCAAAUGAUUAAAACUGUGUUGGGUUUUUGUGUCACAAAAAUUUCAAUUCUCAAAGAGCGAUCACAUUGCCAGCACAUGCAGAUCACAUUUCUUAAUUCCCAAUAUCUCUUUCCUUGUCCCCUUCCCCGGACUCUGUUUCUAUAUAUAUGCCUCCAACUCUUUGCCAAUUCCAUCAAACUCAUCUACCCAAAAACAAUUCAGUGAAUUAGCCUUUGUGAGGAAAAAAAAGAAAGAACAAGAAAAAAUGGCCUCAAAAACUAGCCACAUUCGAUCCAUUAGUCUGCCCAGCAGAUCACAUCCCACAACUCAAAGAGUUGAGGAAGUAUUGAACAAGAUCAAAACAUCUGAGCUAUCAUCUGAUGCAUCUGAGUCUAUCUGCUAUGGUUUAUGCAGAUUGGCUGAGUUGUAUCAAUGUGUGGAUGAGCUUCUCAACUUACCUUCCACCAUUCAAGCUCUGUCUCAACAGGGCAGCCAGAAAUUGGGUGACGAAUUCAUGGAUAGAUCAUUGAGAAUCUUGGAUAUUUGUGGGAUCACAAAGGAGAUUGUUUCUCAGUUCAAGGAAAAUCUUAGAGAUCUUCAGUCUUCUCUCAGGAGAAGAACUAACACAGAAUUAAGCCUGAACAACUACACUUGCUUCAGGAAGAAGAUGAAGAGAGAUGCCAAAAGAUCAAUGGCCGCUUUGAAACAAAUAGAUCAGGGAGUUAACGGAAUCUUCAAUCUUGAAGAUGAAUGCAUCUCUGCAUUGAUCAGAGCACUCAGGGAAGUAACUUCCACCAGCAUUGCAGUUUUCCAAUCAGUUUUGAUGUUCUUGUCUGCUCAAUCUUCCAAACCAAAGACAAGCAAAUGGUCAUUGGUUUCGAAGUUGGUGAACAAAAGCAAAAUGGGAUCAUGUGAAGAGCAACAAGAAUCCCAGAACGAGGUGGAAAAUGUAGAUUCAGCAGUAGAAAGCAUAUGCAAAAAUGAUCAAGAAAACGAAAAGAUCCAGCUUGUUCAGAACAGAUUGGAGAUUUUGGAGACCGGCAUUGAUGGUGUUGAGAAUGGAUUGGAGGGAUUGUUCAGGUGCUUGAUCAGAUCAAGGACCUCCCUUCUAAACAUCUUCUCAUGCUAAUUAGCUCCCCCAAAGAUCCUAAAUCUUGCAUAGGCAUACAAAUUUUUAGCAGAUAUGCUUAUGGAAACAAAAUUGUACAUUAUAUGAACAUUUUUGUACCUAAUACAUACACAAAAAAU